AUGACUUUUGAAAUAGUUGUUGUUUGGCUCUUUUUUUUGUGCUUCACCUCUGCAAUUGGCCCAGAUAAUGUGGAGUUCUGGGUCACCCAAAAUACUGUGGUGAUUAACCCGGGAACCUUGACGUAUGACUAUAAAGUUCGUAUUAGGUCAGGAGUUUUCUGUUCCGUUUUUUAUCCUUUGACAACCACUGUCACGGCAGGUUUUGAAGUUGAAGAAGAUGCUGCCUGGUACAUUAUACCCCGAAGCAGGGCAGAACCUGAAAGUGAAACAGAAUUUUCCUUCUCUUCCUCUGGGAACAUCCUUAAUAAUGGCGACUUUGACAUUGAUGGCUAUUCCGCCUUUUACCAAUUCACUAUGAGGUUAGAGGCUUUGGGUAGUUUCGUCAAUAACGGAAACAUGUGGCUCUCUUGUGGAACACGUCCACCACUGAAUAUGAUAACCAUUACUGCCGAAAACGAGAUGACAAACACCGGAAAGUUGUUCUUGAGGCUGCAACGGUCUCCAAUGCAAAAGCGGUUGUAUUACGACUAUCUUGAUAACGCCGAUCAUUAUCCAGUGUGGCUCUCUAGCUCUUCGGAAUCCGUCCAAAACCUGGGAACUAUUUGUCUUCAAUCUGUGUUUUGGAAUCAAAAUAUCAAUGUCGCGGGCAGUGGGUGCAUCAGACUAUCGCAGAGUGGAUAUUUAAAGCUUCACUUAGACACUUAUUCCUACGAUCAAUCUCAAUCAAUUUACCUUUUAGAUGAUUCUGCCCUUUUCAUUCUCGACGGUAUCUCCGGAGCCAGUGGAACGAAAAGGUUCAAUGUUUAUGGAUUCCAAGAAAAUCGACCAAUCCUAUUUACAUUCCCAUUUUCGAGCUUCAGUUAUUUUCCUGACACUGGAAUUUUGUCCGUCCUUUUUGAAGAUGGAGUUGUUCUUGAGUUUACGAUCGGCAAAGACCUCGAUGGCACUCAAAUUAUAUAUCUACAGUACAGAGAAGAUUUAACGGCAAUCUGGUAUGCCUCUUCCAACCCAAGAAUAAUUCCUGAUUCUUGCAAUUGCCCCGAGUUCCCUAUCGCACCACUGGCAUUACCUGUCCCUACUCCUGACGCCUCUAGCUCUGAAGUAUCUUCUUCAUCUGAGACUUCGUCUGAAACUUCAUCUGAGACUUCAUCUGAAUCUUUGUCUGAGACUUCAUCUUCAUCUGAGACUUCGUCUGAAUCUUCAUCUGAAUCUUCAUCUGAGACUUCGUCUGAAUCUUCAUCUGAAUCUUCAUCUGAAUCUUCAUCUGAAUCUUCAUCUGAAUCUUCAUCUGAAUCUUCAUCUGAAUCUUCAUCUGAAUCUUCAUCUGAAUCUUCAUCUGAAUCUUCAUCUGAAUCUUCAUCUCAAUCUUCAUCUGAAUCUUUGUCUGAGACUUCGUCUGAAUCUUCAUCUGAAUCUUCACCUGCGACUUCAUCUUCAUCUGAGACUUCAUCCUCACCCGAGUCUUCUUCUGAGACUUCAAUUGAAUUUACAUCUGAGUCUUCUUCUGAGACUUCAAUUGAAUCUACAUCUGAGUCAAUUUCUGAAACCCCGUCUGAGAAACCCUUGGAGAGUUCAUCUGAGUCAUCUUCUGAGAGUUCAACAUCUGAAAGUUCAUCAGAAAUAUCAUCAGAGUCCACUUCUGAGUCAUCCUCUGAGAGUUUACCGCUUAAGAUUUCAUCUGGAAGCUCCUCAGACAUAUCAUCAGAGUCCACUUCUGAGUCAUCCUCUGAGAGUUUACCGUUUAAGAUUUCAUCUGGAAGCUCCUCAGACAUAUCAUCAGAGUCCACUUCUGAGUCAUCCUCUGAGAGUUUACCGUUUAAGAUUUCAUCUGAAAGCUCCUCAGAGAGUUCUUCUGAGACCUCUUCUAAGAUUUUAUCUGAGAGCUCAUUUGAAACUUCCUCUGAGACUUACGCUGAGUCUGAGCCUUGGUCUGAAUUUUGGUCUAAUUCUCGUACUGAAGUUUCGUCCAAGAUUUCCGAAUUUGUGACUUCUUCAGAGCUUAUUUCGGACUCUACUGGGGAGAUAACAACUGAAAUAUCGUCUCUUUCGUUAUCUUCGUUUUCUGGAGAUUCAACUACAACUUUGUUGGAAUCUGAGAUUUCGUCGAGCGAUGAAGGUUCUUCCCAGAAGCUUUCGGAGUUCUCAUAUUAUUUUUCAUCUGAUUCACCUUCUGGACCUUCGCCAGAGAUUUCCUCUCAGACAUCCUCUCUGUCAACUUUUGAAGCUUUGCUUAAGUCUUCAUCUAUUUCGUCUUCUGAAUUGUCCGGGGAGUCUUCGUCUGGAUAUAUUUAUGAAUUAUCAUUAGAGUAUUCUGUGACUUCUUCUCAAUAUUCAAUUCAGUCCUUUGAAUCUGAAUCUGCAACUUCAGUAGACAGAUCUUUUGGCUCAGAGUCUUCUUUUGUUCUCGAAUCUUCGUCUGAGACAUUCUCGAAGAGCGCCGAUUCCACUUUUGAGUCUUCUUCUGGAUUCCAUUCUAAAAUAUUCUCUGAGACUAUAUCAAGCUCUUUGUUUGAGUCGUUGUCUUUAUCUGAGUCUCUGCUUCCAUCUGGGUGCGUGUCUGAAAUUGCAUCUGAAUCCACAUUUGAUUUCUCCUCGAAACAGUCAUCCAUGUACUCAACAGAGUUCCCUGAUUCGUCACUUUAUUCCACCACUGAAUCCGUCACUCUCGAGAACUCCGUCAAGCCUAGCUCUAUUGAGACUACGUCUGUUGCUGUCUCUACUGAUUCCAUCGCUACUUUGCAUACGGCAGCUCCUUUGAUCAAUGCGGAAGCCUUGACUGGACUCAACAUCAUCACCAACAUCGAGGUGCAUGAUAACUCCACUGGAACUCUUGACGGCCACAAGGACCAUCUUUUCACAGUCCGUGUCACAAUCAAGAGUGAGACUGCUAUUACAUCAGGCUCAUAUGUUCAAUUCACCCUUCCAGAGGUCUUCUACGGCAACUUGAAUCCAUUUGAACUUUAUUCUCGUGAUGGAGAGUAUGUGGGUAAAGUCACGAGUGAUGACUCUAAUGUUUUUACUACACUCUUUGAUGGUGAAUUUGGUGCCACUCAUAGUGAUAUUGAAGGUACAUUUACUUUCAAUGCUAAGUUGAGAUACACCACUGCACUUUCCAAGCGUGCAGAGUUGUCGUUGGAUCUCAGUAGACCUGUAGUUCUGCCAUUUGUAUUCACUACGGUUUCCUCUGCGUUCUCUCACUCAAUAGUGUUUGCAGACGUUUCUCUGAACGAGGUUGUCGGAGAAGUGCUUAUCGGAGAUGUCUACGUGUUUUCUGGUGACUUUGUCUUAGAUGCAUCAAGUUCAUCUUCUUUUCGUGGAUACUCCACCCCAUUCUCUUACUCAAACAGCACAGUUUCUGCCUCCGAGAUAAGUACGUCUCUGGCUGUUUACACGUCAUGUGCUAAUGGUGGCUGCUAUAGUCCAACGCUGCUGAGUUUAACUGCUCUAUACGUCACUACUCAUACAUCCAAGGAUAUCACUUACGAUGUCACGAAGGUAAGUAAAGAUCUGAAUGUGAUUGUGACUAAGGAUCUGACGGUGAUUGUGACGGUUACUUUAUGUUCCAACCAUGUCUGCUUACCAACGACUUCAAAGGCAUUGGCUUCCGUCGCAACAACUAUCAUACACGGGGAGGUGAUUUUGUAUACCACUUACUGUCCACUCAGCGGCGAUAGGGAGAAGGUUGCAAAGGAAACUUCAGGUUAUAACGCUGGAGCUAACGCUGGAGCUAACGCUGGAGCUAACGCUGGAGCUAACGCUGGAGCUAACGCUGGAGCUAACGCUGGAGCUAACGCUGGAGCUAACGCUGGAGCUAACGCUGGAGCUAACGCUGGAGCUAACGCUGGAGCUAACGCUGGAGCUAACGCUGGAGCUAACGCUGGAGCUAACGCUGGAGCUAACGCUGGAGCUAACGCUGGAGCUAACGCUGGAGCUAACGCUGGAGCUACCGCUGGAGCUAACGCUGGAUCUCAGGGUGGUACUGGACCCGUAGAACCAGGAUCGGGAGUCUAUGACUCUCACAAGUCAGAAGCAAACACUGAGCAAUCAACUACAGGUAAUUCAAUCUUGAACAAUGUCACCAAGGCUGGCACAGAUGCUUCAAGAUCAACUUCGACAACACUCACAAUCAUAUCUCCAAGUGUAUCGAUCAACGAGAACAACUCUCUGGAAAGCUUCUUGGCUAGAUCCAUAGCAGCUAUUUUUGUUGGAUUGAUGUCGCUUGUUACGGUUAUUUUCUAG